CGUCAACUCGUAUAAGAGAAAGAUACGAUACACAUGUAAACUGCGAACCAAGCAUGGCAGCAAAUAAUUCUAUCAGGUCUAUUGCCCGGCUCCCUAUUAACAUCACAAUCGACAGAGAAGACCUGGAAGCUGACGAAGAGCUUCCCCCGACAUCAAAAUCAGUAAAUUAUAAUGAAAUGCCGAAGAAAAGUAGAAGCUGGAGGCAGAGAAUUGGAUUAGCAAGUCAAAUUGAAACUGGAAUGAAAGACAUCGGUGUGUAUAUUGAUGUCAACCCCCACAAGGAAAAAAAAACAAAUGUGGACUCAAGCAACCACAAUACAACAGGCAGUUUGGCUCUUAAUAAUGCAGAGAAGCUGAUGGAAAAAUCUGUAAUAAAACCUGGGUUUGAGAAGCUGGAUUGUGUUCCUCAGUAUAACACAAACAUACGACAAAGGAAAACGGAAAGAAAAAAAGAAUCAGAAAAAACCAAAGGUGGUAAAUGGUUUAAUCUUCCUGCAACAGAAAUGACUGAAGAAAAGCUUAGAGAUCUUGAAGUCAUCCAGAUGAGAUCUAUCUUAAAUCCCAAACAGUUUUACAAGAAGAAUGAUUUGAAAGUUGUACCUAAGUACUUUCAGGUUGGGACUGUGGUUGAUAGCCAUGCCGACUUUUAUCACGACAGAGUACCGAGAAAGGAUCGCAAAAAGAAUCUUGUUGAUGAGUUAAUGGCGGAUGCAGAUUUUCAGAGGUACAACAAACGCAAGUAUGCUGAAAUUAUCCAAACCAAACCAGGAACUCGACCACAGACGGUGAAAAAACGUAAAUAAUUAAAGGUUAUUAUCAAGAAAACAUGGUUUGGAAUAAAUACACGAUUUUGACAGUU